UCCCAGUCUGUCUUUGAGCCGCUCCUGACUGUACGGGAAUAAUCACUGGGACUGGACCUGCACAGACCGGGACAUAGACCAAGACACAGACCGGGAACCGGACCAGGAACGGGUUCAGAUCGGACUAAGAAUCAGACCAGGAACGGGACCGAAUCAAACGGGAUCAGAGAUGGACAGUCGGCCUUCGUCGUCGCUGUAGGUCAGUGAUGGCCGCCGUUUUUCCUAAAUGUGGAGGAGUUGCGUCCAGGCUCCAUGUUGGUCGUCAUGGCAACGCUGGAUGGAAGCACGCCGGUUGAGAAGCUUCUGUCAGUGAUUCACCUUGAGAGGUAUCUGGACAGCUUCCAUCGAGCUGGUCUCCUAUUGGCCAAAGACUUUACACACCUGGACCAUGAAGCCCUGGUCAGUCUGGGUAUAACCGCCACAGGACACAGGAAGAGGAUCCUCCGAUUGGUUGUCUACAUUCAGAGGACGGAGGCUCAGAGAGCGAAUCAGAAGGUUGAUCUGCCACGCGACCGCUGUCAGUCUGUGUCCGGCUCCUCCUCCUCAGAGCGAGUUCCCAGCACGGCGUUGCUUGGCGAGUCGUCGGGACCCGUUAACUUCGAGGCGUUCAGGAACAGCUCGGCUCCAAACCUGAGAGCCAUGCUGACCAAUGACAGCCCCCGCCCCGUCCUGAAGCCCAUCCCCAAACCCAGAACUGUUUUUAACCGCCGCCGCACCACACCUGUCCACUUCUGUCCAACCCCAGACCCCGCCCCGCCCCCACCGAGGAGGCUAUCCCAGGACUCCAUCUGUUUCACCGUAUUAGAGGGUCUGACCUCAGGAGACACAGCUGCACCUGAACACCUGAAGUCCACAUCUGACCGCGACAUCGAGUCCAGUUUAUCUGGCAGAAUGCCGAGUCAGGCUGAGAGGAGGAAACCGAGUCGGAGCUUCUCUCUGUCAGACACUGGAAGACUGUUACCGCCUGUUCCCCCGAGGCUUAACCGCGGGGCCCUCCCUGCCACAUCCCAGGGGUCCCCACCCUCUUCGUCUUCUUCCUCACCUAUACGGACAGAGCAGGUGAACCAUAUUUCACCCAUGACUUCCUGUCCUGGUAGUGCGGACAGCAGCAGACUCUCUGGAUCCUCGGGGGGGUCACCCAGAGGGGGAGGGCUGGAGAUGGUCUCUAAUGAGAUCUACUGGGGCACCUUACCUGGUUCUACUGCCCCUGCUGGAGUGAGGAGGUACUGCAGCCAGCAAUCAGCUCCACCGACUCCACCCAGACAAACAACUGACAGGAAAACACCUGACAGGAACCCCGAGAGGAACAGUGGCAGCACUUUAAGUAACAACUCUUCAGGAUCAGCCCGAGCUUCAACAGACGACCCUGAGGAGGAGAUCAGUCCGUACUGUGAAACUGUUUUCCAAACCAGAAGAAAUCCACUCAUCUUGGAGAGUGACAGAGACACCAGGAAGGGGGAACAUGCAGAGGAUCAUGGGAAUCUGAAGUUCUCGUGGACGAAGCGUUUGUCUCAGGCUCUUCACCCCGGAGACUCUCAGGGUUACAGCACAGUUGGAGAACCUCCGCUACCACCCCUCCACUCCCUCUCCCUGCCAGCCCACACCUUCCUAUCUGAGGGGGAUGAGGACCUGACAAUCUCCCCCUACGCCAGCUACACCUCCCUGACCGAGAGAGCCCCGCCCAUCAUCAGUGGCUGGCUGGACAAGCUGUCUCCACAGGGAAACUACGUUUUCCAGAAGCGCUACGUGAAGUUUGACGGCAAAAACCUGAUGUACUUUGGCAGUGAGAAGGACGUUUACCCCAAAGGAGUGAUCCCAUUGGCUGCCAUCCAGAUGGCCCGCCCCGCCAAAGACAACAAGUUUGAGAUUGUGACGAGUCACAGGAUCUUUGUUUUCAAGGCCGAUAAUGAGGUGCUGAAGCGGCGGUGGGUGGGCACGCUGCAGGAGCACGUCAGGGAUCAGCUGGUGUUUGGUCGGAGGCGGUUCGGUCCAGGUUCUCACUGUCAGAAACACGGCGUGCUCGAGCUGAAAGGAACCAAGUCCAAAGUUUACGCCGCCAUCAUGACCGACCAGAUCUGGCUCUACAAGAGUGAACAGUGUUUCCGUAACGGGAUCGGCAUCACAGUGAUCGAAGCUCGAGGAUCGACCAUCAGAGACGGAAAACACAAGAGCUUCGAGCUCAUCACGCCGUACAAGAACUUCAGCUUUACAUCAGAGUCGGAGCGGGAGAAGCGGUAUUGGAUGGAGGCUCUGCAGGAGUCCAUCGCUGAGACUCUGUCGGACUAUGAGGUGGCCGAGAAGAUCUGGUCCAACCGCUCCAACAGGAUGUGUGCCGACUGCAAGGCCCUGAACCCCGACUGGGCCUCCAUCAACCUGUGUGUGGUCAUCUGCAAGAACUGUGCAGGGCAGCACAGAGGUCUCGGGACGAUGGUCUCAAAAGUUCAGAGUCUGAAACUUGACACCAGCGUGUGGAGCAACGAGAUCGUCCAGCUGUUCAUCAUGCUGGGGAACGACCGGGCCAAUGAGUUCUGGGGGGCGGGUCUAUCUCCGUGGGAGGAGAUGGACUGUGACGCGUCGCCCGAGCAGAGACGAGAGUUCAUCACCCAAAAAUACAAAGAGGGACGAUUCAGACUGAAACACCCGACGAUAAGCAGCCAGGAUGAGCUGCUGAAGGUUUUGUGCUCGGCCGUCUCUGAACAGAUUCUACUGAAAACCGUCACUCAGAUCUUCUCGGAGGCAGAGUCAGCUCGGCUCGCCAACGACUCCAACGGCUGCCAACGACACCUGCAGCAGCUGAAUCACUGCACGCCACCCCGAUUGUACGAUGAGAUCAUGCAGCCCGUCCUGCACUCCGGUUACCUCUACAAGUCCGGCUCGGCCCACAGAACACUGUCGAGGAAAACCAGAGAAGACUUCCAGAAGUUCUGGUGUUCAGUGGAUCAGUCUCUGCUCCUGUACGAGUCGGAUCGAUCAGCUGAUCCCUGCAUGCAGAUCAGCGUCAAAGACAUUGUGUGUUUGGGUGUCAGUCGACCUGACUCCUCCCACAGCAGCAACGGCUUCAUCGACAGGUUUCGUUACACCUUCGAGCUCUAUCUGACGUCAGACAAACUCCAUCAGUUUGGUUUGGAGACGGCUGACACUCUGCACAGCUGGACCAGAUCCAUCGGAAAGGCAACGACCCCCCUCAGCUGUCACUGCCUCCUGACUCGGGAGUUUGAGCGCGUGGGGCUGCUGCGGUACAGAGCCAUGUUGGACGCUCAACAUUGGAAGGAGGCGUUCUUUGUCCUGCAGAAGUCCAACCUCUUCAUCUGUCCCCGGAAUGACGGAGCGGCCGAGGACAUCAUCAACCUGAACCGGCUGCAGGAGCUCAGUAUCACCUCGGAGACGGAGAACCAUGAGAAGAAGGACAUCCUGGUUUUAGUGGAGAGGGGAAGGACGCUCCACCUGCAGGGUGUGGGCCGCACAGACUUCACUCUGUGGUACUCGGACAUCCAACGAGCGGCGGGCGGGAAAGGAAACACUCUGAGAGAGCAGCAGCUGAGCAGGAACGACAUCCCCAUCAUCGUGGACAGCUGCAUCGCCUUCAUCACGCAGUACGGUCUGGGUCACGAGGGGAUCUACAGGAAGAAUGGAGCCAAGUCCCGGAUCAAACUCCUGAUGGAAGAGUUCCGGAAAGACGCUCGAAAUGUCAAACUGCGGAUCGGAGACCACUUCAUUGAGGACGUGACGGACGUCCUCAAGAGGUUCUUCAGAGAGGUCGACGACCCCGUCUUCAUGUGCGACUUGCACCCCCUGUGGCAGGAGGCCGCCAAAAUCCCCCAGAGGAGUCUGAGGCUUGACCGCUACAAAGAGAUCAUCCGGACUCUCCCUCGAGUCAACAGGACCACCCUGGCUGCUCUCAUCAGUCACCUGUACAGAGUCCAGAAGUGUGCUGAUCUGAACCAGAUGUGCACAAAGAACCUGUCGCUGCUGUUCGCUCCCAGUCUGUUUCAGACGGACGGGAAGGGAGAACACGAGGUGAAGAUCGUAGAAGACCUGAUAGACAACUACCUGUACGUCUUUGAUAUUGACGAGGAGCAUCAGACUCAGAUCGAGCUGGAGAUCAGCCUCAUCACCACCUGGAAGGACACGCAGCUGUCUCAGGCCGGUGACCUCAUCAUUGAAGUUUACCUGGAGAUGAAGAUACCAGACUGCUGCAUCACUCUAAAAGUGUCUCCCACCAUGUGUGCUGAGGAGCUGACCAAUCAGGUUCUGUUCAUGAGGAAUGUCCCAGCCACAGACAGAGACGUGUGGAUGACGUUUGAGGCCAUCGAGGAGGGACAGCUUGAGCGUCCCCUACACCCCAAAGAGAAGGUGCUGGAGCAGGCGCUGCAGUGGUGCAAGAUGGCAGACCCGAGCUCUGCCUACCUGGUGGUGAAGAGAGUUCCUAAAGGAGAGGGCAUCAACAUCCUCACCUCCUAUAAGAGUGAGAUCAUGAAGGUGGGUCUGCUGAAGUGUCGGGAGGAACCUCCGAAGCUGCUUCAGGGAAACAGGUUCCAGGAGAGGACGUUCCAGAUCAAAGAGCACAAACUGCUGCUCAAAGACAAGAAGAGCAUCAAACCGGAGAAGGAGUGGGCUCUGAAGUCCAUGAAGAUCUACAUCGGCAUCCGCAGGAAGCUCAAAGCUCCAACCAGGUGGGGCUUCACAGUCAUGUCAGACAAACACCAGCUGUUUCUGUGCUGCACCAGUGAGGCUGACCUCUGGGACUGGAUCACGAGCUUUCUCAAAGCUCAGAACGAGGACCCUGGUCCUCCGGUGCUGAGGCGUCACUCCUCCUCUGAUAUCUCCAAACAGAAGUUCGGCACAAUGCCUCUCGUCCCCAUUAGAGGAGACGAGAGCAACAGCAGCCUGCUGUCGGCCAAUCAGACGCUGAGAAAGUUACACGACAGAAGGACUCUCUCCAUGUACUUUCCCAUGAAGGUGCAACAGGACUCGUUGGAGGAGCGCCCUGAGUCUCCGGACCUCCCUGAGCCGCUCUACGAGGAGGUUGGGGACUUCGGCCUGCAGGUCCUGAAAUCUCUGGAGACCAGCUUCCUGUCCAGCAGCACUUCAGAGACCCAGGAGGUCCUGGACCAGCCGCCGCUCAGACUGGUUCCGUUGGAAACGGGACACAUAGACCACAUCAUUGUCCCCGAACCGGUCCUUACGGACGGGGGCUGUGUGGACUCUGAGGAGCAGAGAGGAGGAGGAGAUGGAGGAGCAGACUGUCAGCAGCUCGCAAUGAGGAGGAGGAGGAGGAGGAGUCAGCUGACGGGGGUCUGUACGCCGUCACAGGAGCUGCUGCUGCAGGAGCUGUCGUCUGCCUUUAACAGGAGGACCGAGGAGGGGGAGGGAGAGGAGGUGCAGGAGAUACAGGAGGAGCGGAAUCAAGACGAUCAGGAGGAGAAGGAGGAGAAGCCGUAUGAUGUCUGAGAGGGAAGAAACUUUUAUCACUACUCAUUUAAUUGAUGAAAGUUUCCACAGAGUCUGCUUGAGUCAGGAGGAAAUCUUUAACACCUGAUACCUUUAGAUUUCUUUUUAUUUCUGUUUCUGCAGCCAUAAAAACAACACACUGACUGUCUGUUUACAAUCCUGCAGUAUGUGACCGCCCACCUCAGUGAUGGGCACGUUACUAAAAACUAGUAACUAGAUAGUUACAGUUUCAAAAAGUAAGUGAGUAACUUCCUGAGUUACUCAUUUCCUUCAUUAUAAGUAACUGUAGCGUUACUUGUUUUUGCUUCAAUGCUCAUAUUCAUUUUCACAUUAUUCAGUGUUGCUGUUUGAGAGAAAACAACUCUCACAUUCCUAUAACAUUAAAGCCAAUUUAAAUAUGGAGGUCUUUUCUCUGAAGGCCACAAUGUCUCUGUCAAUCAGUCCUGGCAAACAGAUUGUGGAGCUGGAGCUACAAACAGACAGAAGCCUUGGUCUCCUCGGUCUGCCGAGCUAAAGUGAGCUUCAGCUGGGUCUCGGGUGUCUGCAGUGGCGGGUUCUCUGACAAGUAGUUUAGUAGAAGCGUGUUGUUUGGCUUGGUGAGUCAUCCUCGAGAAAGGAAGAAUAAUGUCGGUAUUUCCAAGACAGAAAGUUCACGUCUGAAUGAUGAUCAGCCUGUGUGUGUUUACUGCGCAGUGAUAUUCUUUUCCCUAUGGAUGCUAUUGUACUGACUUUAGCGUCACCUCGCCCCAUUUUUACCUCGGAUAUAUUCAUCAUAAAAAUUCACAAAAUCACAUCAGUAUUCAAAGACCUGUCAGAUCGGAUCAAGUUGUUAAAUUUGAUUGAUCAUCUGACAUAACACUGAGGAUACAGGAUUGAUCUCAGGGAGCUGGUUUCCUCCUGACUCUUCAGGAGAGUCGGAGUUCUGACAUGUGGGGUGGGAUUUGAACUCCCUACCUGCCACUGUUGGUACCUUGCUCUCCCUUCAGUUUAGCUCGGAUCCGAUUAUUUUGUUUGUCUGUUCACAUAACUUUUAAAAUGUGGCCUGUAUCAGACUCCUGUGGGACCUGGUCACGGUCCUGAACUGACCCGCAUGCCCAAAAAAAAAAAAACACAAACACGUCGAAUGCAGCACGGUGUGAAGAAAGAUUAUUUCAUAACAGGCAGAACGAUGAUCUACAAGCUCCUGCAGAAGAACACAUUUCUGUCCUUUUCAGUUAUGGAGGUAACUUAAGGGUUCUGGCUUUUCAGUGGUUCCCUUGUAACCAGGGGAGAUCACCGUGGUAACUGAUGCUGAAUAUAAAACCAGCAGGAUAUGACACACUGAGCAGUCAGAUCUCUUGAUCACAGAGAUCUGUGAGCUGAUCAGGAGAGGGGAGGAGGGAGAGACACCGACAAACAUUACCUGUUAUUAUUUUGAAUAUGAAAUAUAUGAUUGUGAUAUAUAUUAUUAAUGCUUCAGUUAUCAUCCCACAAGAGAGACUGAAGCACUGACGUUUUCUACUUUUUGUACGUAUAAAAUAUCAAAUUAGGUCUACUUCCUGCUUUCAGUUUCAUGUUAAGAGUGCUAUCCUGCUCCGUACAGCGCCACAGCUGAAACAUAACAUCUUAAACAUUCAGACAUGUCGCGUAUGAUACAAUUAAUAGUUUAAGGAAAGAGACAGGGGAUAUUAUAUUCAGAUCUAUUGUGCACUAAGAGAUAUUAUAAGCCUUCAUUUGCACAUUCACUGUAAGAUUUUUAUUUUUUAGUUCUUUCUGCAUUCGUCGCUACAUCUGUGCUUUUAUUUUGGAUUAUGUGUUCAACUCCAUCAUAUUUCUCUAAUAUCAGAGUUUGCACAGUCUGCUCAUAAGAUAAUUAACCAUGAAUAUCUGACCUGUGUCAUAUUUGGAUCCACAUGUGAAGGUAGCUCAAAACUGAUUUGAGAAGAUGUGUUUUCAUGUGACUUGUGCUGUUCACACUUUCAUAGAAAAAAUCAAAAGAAUCAGAUUCCGGCCAUUUUUACCUGCAGUGUGAACGCAGCCAAAAUCUCUCUCAGUUUGCGUCCCUUUCUGUUGUUGUGAAAUAUCAGCGUGUGUAGAUUGACUGCAUUUUGAAUUUUAAAGGCUCAGCUGAAGUCGUUAUAAUACACAGCAGACCAGUCAAUGUGAACCUGCAGAAAGUAUCACACUCUGCUUUUAAAAAAGUUCUAAUCUAUGCAGACCCGCAGAUAUCCUAGGGCCUACAUUACCCACAAUGCACUCUUCCUCUUACAAGUGUGGUUACUAGGAUGGUAAAUGAUAGCAGCAGCUACAGCACGCAGCAGAGCAUGAGCGUGGAGCUUAAGACGUCUCUGACCUCUCUUCUGUCUCCCUCCACACUAACACUAACGUCCUCAAACAUCUUCAGCACACACACUGACCAACAUGACAUCACUUGGGGACAUUUCACAAACAUAACGUGACUCUUUCUGGAGACGAUAAAGGGCUUUGAGCUUUGCUUUAAUAGAAUAUAAGGUUAUAUUUUCCAAACACAUGAAGACACCUCAUGCAGAAUCACUAGAGGUCAUCUUUAAAGCCGUUAAAGUCAUGUACUUAAAAUAAGUUAGAUGUUAUGGUGCAGCAGAACUGCUAAAGAACAAACUGGUUUUAAUGGGGACUCCUUGUGAUGGACUUAUACACAGUACUGUUGUUGUUGUAAAUAUAAGAGGACUGCAUUUCAUUUAACCAAACUGUACAUUUUUACUCAUUCAUCAUGUAAUUACUAUAUCUUUAUAUGUUAACUUAUUUUAUAAAACUACAAAUGUCCAUGCCCCCAAACCCCUGGACAGAAUGUGAUGCUCUGAGUGGACAGCAGGGGGCAGCACGUUCAUGUUUUUAAAUGCACAACUGUGUUAGAACUCGAGGUCUGGAUGAGCUUUAUAUAAAGUAAAAUUAAUACACUGAAAUACAACUUUAUCCAUUUAAGAUUUAUUGACAUGAAACAAGAAUAAAGUAGAAAAUGUAAGUGUCCACUCGUUGUCCCAGGCCUCAGUGUAACUGGUCCCACUGUGUCUGUAUCCGUGUUCAUACUGUGUGUAUAUCUGUUCUACAUUAUUCCAUGGAGCCGUUUCUCUCCUGGAAGGUUUCAUAUCAUAAAGGAUGAUAUUAAAUAUAUUUCUGGUUUGUAAUCAGAUGUU